UUUACGUCACCUAAUUAACGAUUAACGUCACCUUUAAUAUGUUAUAAUCUACUUUUUCAAUCAUAUAAUUCUAUACUGUUCUGUUUAGCGAAAUUUUGUUUGUACUCUUCCCAAGUACAUAUAAUGUAGUUCGAUUUUACUGUACCUAGUUUAACUGUAAACUACGACAUUAUGAAGUAUAUUUUCAAAUAUGAAGACUCAAUGCGUCAAUGCGAAACGUUACUUACAGAAAACAUCGCUAAACUCUACAACUAUUCGGAAUACCUACUACAGUCAUCUUCGCUUUCAUCAUCCGAGUCCACUGAACGAGAUGAGGAAUACGAAAUUAUGAAGAUGAAGCUUGACACAGCUCAAGAAAACAUUGCUACGUUAAAAUCAGAGUAUAAUGAUUUAACUCUACACAGUUUGAGGUCAAGUUCAUUUGAAAAUAAUUUCAAGGAGACGUUUUUCAAGUACUUAGCUCGUCAAGAGCCCCUGAGAUUGAAAUUCAUCGAAACAAUCAACGUGUGCAAACAAAUAAAUUCACAUUUGGGUGAUAUUCUACGUGACUGUUCUGUUAAAGCGUUGAACGAAAAUUGUAUUCAAAAUACAUCGAAAUGUGAUUCUUCGAAUACAGCUGUUAAAUUCGAUUUGUCUUCAAUUCCCAAAGUAUAUGUUUUACUGCCGAAACUCGAUUUGGACUAUGGUUUUCCUUUUCCUUUAGAUAGUCUCAAUCUAGAGACUAAUUCGUUUUCGAACGAACGUGCUAAAGAGUAUUGUACAUCUACUGUUGCUUUUGCUUCGUCCAAAUCGCCGGAAGUUUCAUCUUCAGAUUUGAAUAGCGAUGUAGCUGUGAAAAAAUGCGAUCCAACGAUCGUUUUAGAAACCAAAAAAUCGAAAAAUUUUGUCUCUUCGAAACGAAGUGAAAUUCCUAAUCUCAGUCAGAGCCAAUCGUUUGUCUGCAAUAUUUGUCAUCAAAGUAUUAGUAAAAAACAUAUAAGAAAACAUGUGUUAUCGCACGAAGGUUUAAAACCAUUCGAAUGCGCCGAUUGCGGUAAAUCGUUCGCAAGGAAGGAAAAUAUAAAGACACAUAUACUUUCAAAGCAUAUGCCCUAUCAAAGCAGACCAUAUAGAUGCGAUACUUGCAGUAAAUUUUUUUCAACCCGAAGCCAUCUGAAUAAUCACAGAUGGUCAUCAAAACUAAGCUGCCAUUCUACGUCCAAAUCAUCACGAUUUUCAACCCCAAAUGGUACCAAGAAAGAGAAAAAAAAAUCAACUGUAUCUACAAUACAGAAGAAAGUUCCCGACCGUCGCCAAUCUGCCGUCUGCGACAUUUGCAAUAAAAAUUUCAGUUGCCAAAGAGAUCUCAAAAGACAUAUGUCAAUUCAUGAAGAUUCGAGCAAUCUUUUCGUUUGUAACAUUUGUGAUCAGAAUUUCAGUAGGCGGGAUCAUCUGAAAAGACAUAUUAUGGUUUUGCAUGAGUGUUUGAGACCGUUCAAGUGCCCUAGAUGUGAUAAAGCCUUCGGAAGAAAAGACUAUGUCAAGCAACAUAUGCUUCUGAUGCACAAUGCUGACAUCAAUGAACUGUUGACUUCAGAUUCGUAUUAUUACUGCGCGCAUUGCAAGUAUCGAUGCGAAUCCAAAGAAUGCUUAGUUUAUCAUAUCAAGAGGCGCCAUAUAUCAAAUUUAUGUCUAGAUGAAUUUAGCUGCACCGUAUGUGGAAAGACAUUCACGAAAAGGUAUCAUAGAGCAAGACACGAGAAAACUGUUCAUGUCGAAGAAAAAUGUUUCUGUUGUACAAAUUGCGGUAAUCGAUACAAGUACGAUAGUGGUCUUGCACAACACUUGAGACUUAAACAGUGUAUGCCCAAGUAUACCUCAUUCGCCUGCGAGCUGACAAAAGAUCUAUCCGAACUAGCCCGAACAUUGUCGAGGUUCCAUCUGUUGCACUGUGAUAAGAAAAUGAUAAACAAUAUGAAUUCUUCUGAACUUUUGUAUUAUUUUUCAAUAUUAUAUUUAGUUCAGUUUUACUUUAGUUCAACUAAACCGCCAUUAUCUUACAGCGUUAAAAAAUACAACAGUAUGAGAUAUGUUUACAAUUACGAAGACUCGAUGCGUCAGUGCGAAACUUUACUCGCCGAAAACUUUACCAAGCUCUCCACCUGUUCGAAAUAUGUACUGCAGUCGCAGUUAUCUUCAUCAUCCGAGUCUACCCAAAUAGGAAAGGUACUCGAUUGGUCAUUGGAAUACAUUGUUAUGAAAAAGAAGUUGGACACUGUCCAAGAAAAUAUUUCAACGUUGAAAUCACAAUACAGUGAUUUAACUCGGCUUAAUUUGAGUUCACGUUCAUUUGGAAUUGGUUUUAAAGACAAGUUCUUCAAUUACUUAGUUCGCCAAGAAGCGUUGAGAUUGAAAUUCAUCAAAACAAUCAAAGAGUGCAAACUUAUAAAAUCACGUUUGGAUAACGUUCUCGAUGACUGUACUAAUAAUAAAGUAUCGAACGAGGAUUCUAAUCAAACUAUAUCGAAAUGUUCUAAUACUGCGGACAAUAAUUUGAGUACAGUUAGUAAAUUAGAUGUGUCUUCGCUUCCCAGUGUAUUAUACGUUUUGUUGCCGAAACUCGAUUGGGACUAUGAUGAUCAUCCUCCUACACCUGCACACACAACUUCGUUUUCAAAUGAGCAUCGUGAAGAGAUUUCUACGUCUCCUGCUGCUUCUGAUUCCAAAUCACCGGAAGUUUCUUCUUCAGAUUUGAAUAGUGAUGUAGGUGUGAAGAAAUGCAGCUCGACGAACGUUUUAGAAACCAAGAGAAUGAAAAAUUCAGUUUCUUCGAAACGAAACGAAGGUUCUAAUCUCAGCCAAUCGUUGGUCCGUAACAUUUGUCAUCGGAAUGUCAGUAACAAAGGGAAUAUGAAAAGACAUAUGUUUUCGCACAAAGCUUUAAAACCAUUUAAAUGUACCAAUUGUGGUAAAUCGUUCCCAAGGAAGGAUACUAUGAGGUCGCAUAUAUUUUCAAAGCAUAUGCCUUAUCAAAGCAGACCAUAUAAAUGCGAUACUUGCAGCAAAUUUUAUUCAUCUCGGAGCCAUCUAAACAAUCACAGAUGCUCAACAUCUACGAUACGAAAGAAAUUCUCAGAUCGUCGCCAAUCUCACGUUUGCAACAUUUGCCCCGUUAAAUUCAGUUGCCGAAGGGAUCUCGAAAGACAUAUAUUAAUUCAUAAAGGUUUGAAACCAUUUAAAUGUGCUGAAUGCGGUAAAUCAUUCAGAAGAAAACAGCAUAUGAAGCGACAUAUCCGUCUAUGUCACUCUCCCUAUCGCACUAAACCAUAUAAAUGCAACAUUUGUGACAAACUUUUUACAUAUCAAUGGAUGCUAAAUGACCACAAACGCCGCACUAGGCACGACUGGUUUUCAAAAUUAUCCGAAUUUUCGUCUUCAGAUGUAGGUGAAGGUGUAACUGUUGAAGAACAUGACGCGACUCUCGAGAAAGUUGAAGAAUUGGUAUCAUCGAAACGAAAGAAAAACUCAAAUCCGAGUCAAGUUACGGUUUUUGAUUCCUAUUAUCAUUGCGCACAUUGCAAUCAUCGAUGUCGAUCCAAAGAAUACUUAGUUCAUCAUAUCAAGAAGAACCAUAUAUCGAAUUUAAGUCUCGAAGAAUUCGGUUGCACCGUAUGUGGUAAAAUGUUUACCACUCACUGGUAUAGAAAACAGCACGAGCAAACAGUUCAUGCACAGGGAAACUGCUUUUGUUGUACGAAUUGCGGUCAACGAUUCAAGCACGGUUUCGCCCUUACCAGACACUUGAAACUUGAAGUGUGUAAGCUUAAGUAAUGCACAUUCGUAUGAAUGAUCUUUCAGCAUUAGGUGACUGUAAGAUUGUCUUCGACUUUCAUUUUAAUACGGUCGAUUUUGCAGCCAAUGUAUUAAUUUCCUACGUUAUUUUUCAGUAUUUAAUCGAUUCGAUAUGCACCUCCUUCCUAUAACCGUGUUCUUUUUUUUUAGCUGCUGGCGAUUUCAACUGUGUUGUUUUAGAUUAGGUACUCUUGUAAUUUCAAUUCGUGUAACAGCUGUCAGACUGAUUUUAUUAUUUUAUUUGUUUUUUAUUUACUUGAAUGUAAUAUUUUUGUUGUAGACGUAACAUAGGUAACAAGAAAUAGAGUACUUGGUAAUACUAUUUCCACGCUUACAACGAAAUACUGUAAGUAUUGUUAAAAUCUGUUAGCCGAGCAUUACUCUAUCAUGUUGAAUCCAAAAUAAGGACAAUUUAGAUGAGAAAUUUCCCCAUUCAGUUUUAAACCGUAUAGAAAACAUCACAAUGAGCAGUCGGUUCAUCGUACAUACAAAAAAAUAGUAGUGAAACUGAAACUCAUUUCCGAUCAAUGGGUUCAUGAUUUUUAAUAUCAUUGAGCAUAUUGCACCAUUGCAGUCGUCGUCCAUCACUCAACUGAUCAAGUGAUCACUUGCACAGAGAAUAUUUCUCGAGUUCACAUCUUUUUGAAGAAUACAACUGUUUAAAUAAGAUUCUUCUAGAAAACAUCACGCAGGGCUUGUGCUCGGUUACUUUUCAAGUUACCUGCCAAAUAAUCCAAGUUACUUAAAGUACCUUUUGGGUUAUUUUUUUAAAAUUUUGGUUACAAAAGUUUCUUUUUUUUACCAAAAUUGCGAAAAAAAUCGCUUUUUUACCUAAAAUAGCCAAAAAAUAAACAUUUUAACUAAAAUUCACUAAAAAUUUUCAUCUUUGCCAAAGAUUUAUCAAAAAGUCUCAACUUUGUCAAAACUGGAAAAUUUUUUUUCGCCAAAAAUAAUUAUAUUUUUAUUAAUUAUUAAUUAAAAUUUCCAAAAAGUCUCACUCCUUUUUCAAAAAUUGCUCUGAAGCAUCGUUUUUUUUUUCAGAUGUUGCUCAAGAAUCUAGUUUUUUUUCGGAAAUUCAAUUCCCAAGAACUUUUGCUGUUUGUCGUAAAUUGCUGAAAAGUUCUGUUUUUUGCUGGAAUUGUGCUAAAAAUAUACAAAAAAACCCUAUAGUUAUUCUGCUGAAUUAAAUUGUCAAAGAUUCGCUUUUCGCAAAAAAAUUACAAAAAAACGUUGCUUUUUUAGUUUUUUGCAAAAAAAAAUCAAAGUUACUUUUUUCUGAAACUGGCUGCUCAAAAGUCUCGCUUUAUGAGCCAGAAAUUCCCAAGAAGUCUUGCUUUUUUCCAAGAUUUUCCAAAACUUGCAAAAAAAAGUCGAAAUUUCAAUCUAGUUUUACAAGUACACUUUUAGAUUUCAAUUGGAAUGUUUUUUUUUUGCAUUUAAUGUGAUUUAAUUUAAAUGGUUCGUUUUGUUUGUUUUUUGGAUUAGAAUAAGUAUUUAUUUAAAAUAUUGUGUUUUGUUUUUUUUUUCCUGUAUUAGAAUUUUUUUUUUAGUUACCUACUUUUUGAUCACCAAAGUAACCAGUAAGAUUACUUUCUCACUAGUUUAUUAUAGAUAUUGUUAUUGUUGUAUUAUUUUCCAGAUGCCAGAAAGUCUCGCUUUUUUUCCUAAAAAAUCCCAAAAUGCCUUAUUUUCUGCUAAACUAAAAUUGUCAAAGUCUCGUUUUCCGCAAAAAAUUUCAAAAAAUCGCACUAUUUUCUGAAAUUUGCUGCUCAAAAGAUUCGCUUUAUCGCCAGAAAUUUCUGAAAAAAUUUUACCUUCUGCUAAAAUUUCCUAAAACUUGCUUUUUGCGAUGCUUUUUACCAAAAAAAAAGUCGAAGUCUGUGUCUCAAUCUAGUUUUACAAGUGUUUUAAGAUUUUAAUUGGAAUGUUUUUUUUACAUUUAAUUUAAUUUAAUUUAAAUGUUUUGUUUUGUUUUGUUGCUUUGGAAUAGGUAUUUUGAAUAUUGUGUUUUGUUUUUUUUUCUGCAUUGGAAUAUUAUUUUGUUCGAAUUUCGUAACAGUUUGGUUACUUUUUGUUCACCAAAUUAACCAGUAAGAUUCUAAGAUUAUUACUUUCUCACCAUUUUUUUUUUUUUUGGUUGUAUUAUUUUUGUAGAUUUAUUCUACGAGUCUCUACUUAUUACAUAGGUAUGUAAUUCUGUAUUUUUAUGGGUGUUUUACUGAAUUUUUUACCGUCUAUUUUAGAUAUUUUCACUGUCUAGAUUUACAUCACAUUUUAUAUGUAGGUAUGUUCAUAUAUCAAGUGAAACUAUUUCUCGUUUAUUUUUUUUGUUGUUGGUUUUGAAUGAAAACGUUCGAGUUGUGAUUAUACGAAUUAAAUAAUUUAAAAUGGA